GCUUCAAUUAAUCCACCAACUCGUAGACCCACCUAAUGUCCGGCUCCUCCGCCCUCUCCUCCGCCCUCCCACCCACCGCCGGCGCACCCGCCGCCAUCUCGCCGCCGCCUGACUCGGGGCGCAGUUCCUCGACGGAGUGUGCGAAGAAGCAUAUCUUCCGGGCGCAGGCGGCGCCGGAGACGCACAUCCGCGUCCGGUACCGCGUGGGAUGGAGCCAGAACUCGAACACCCCGUGCGCUAACUCGCAGCGCUGCCCCCGCCGGCAGGCCCCGCUCUGCCGGAACUCCGAGCACGGUACGCCGUGGUUGGGGAACUUCCUCGGGUCCCGCCGCCGCGCCUUCUCCCCCCGGUGCGCGUACGGACACGUCAUCCACUGGUGCGGGUACGUCUUCCCGCACCGCCGCACCUUGAACUCGUACAUCAGGAACUCGUCCAGCUCCGCCCGCGUCACCCCGUACGCCAGCCGCGCCGCCUCCGACAGCCGCAGGGGAAUCCUUUUGUUUGGUUGCGCAUGCAUGUUAGGCAAGUGUAACCACGGACUCUGCCACCAACUCCAGUGGUUAAAGUCACUCGAGGCUCGGAGAACGGUAACGAGUUAACUUUGACACCGCCGAAGUAAUUGCGCAGAGGAGCUUCGUCUCAGGGUUGGUGGAGAUAAGGCGCCACCGGGGGAGGAGGUGGAAAGCGAGGGGCGGCGGCCGCGUGGAGAGGCUUCAUUUGAGAGGUUAGGGGAAGAAACGGCUGGGAGGUUCGUUUGUCGGAGCUCGCCGGCCGGCAGCUGACAAAAUGUCUAUGAACUCGAUUGUUAUUUCUAGUGGGAUGGAAGAAACCGUUAUAAUUCAGGAAACAAAUCGGGGCCGAUACGCUACAUAGUUAUAUCUGCUGCUACGGCAAAAACGCUGCGUGUUGAUUUUGCUAUUUUCCACAUUGUACCGCUUCGGCCCCAUUUCGGAACUCUACGACCUCGAUUCAUCGUCUCGCUUUGGAUCGAUCGGAGAGCGAAGCGGCCCGAAGGUUAGGAAUUUGUGCUCUUCGCCAUGGAGUUGGAUCUGUGGAUCUCCAAGGUGAAGGAGGGGCAGCAUCUCGAGGAGCACGAGCUUCAGCUUCUCUGCGAAUAUGU